UUCUCUUUGUGUGGCAACACUGGCUUUAGUUGACUUUGAUCACUUUGACGCUUUGAUAGAUUUCAAGUUUUUAAGAAAUCUUUUUGAGAUUAUUUUCCUCAGUUGUUAAUAAAGAAAUUGUAUAAAUAUGGAUAACGAUAAAAAUACCAUGCUUGCGGUUUUGCAGCUUUUGAAGAAGUACAAUUUAAAAGGAACUGAGGAAUUGUUUAGAAAAGAAGCUAAUCUUACUGACAUCUCAAUUGAUGAUGCUCAACAAUCUGAUUCCGAUGUGACCAGUGUCCUUUCCGCUUACAAAAGCGAGGGAGAUCCUGCACAAUAUGACAAAGCUUACAGUGAAUUAAAAAAGUUUGUAGAAGGAGCUUUGGACAUUUAUAAGCAUGAGUUGGGCACCAUAUUAUAUCCAGUUUUGGUACACAUGUAUCUGGAAUUGGUUUAUAAUAAUCAUUCCAAAGAAGCAAAACAACUCAUGGAAAAGUUCAGCGUAAAUUUAGAAGAAUAUUAUCAGGAUGAUUUAAAGAGAUUAUCCAAUGUAACAAAACGAGAGCAAAUGGCAGGAAAUGAAUUAACUGACACUUUUAAAUCUAAUCAGUUUAUAAUCAGAAUGUCACGCGAUACUCUUUCAAUAUUAAAACGACAUUUGCAAGAAAAGAAGCAUAGUGUUUUAUUAAACAUCAUACAGGAGCAUCUUUAUUUUGAUAUGUAUGAGGGUGUUGCUCGUAAUAAACAGCAGAUAGAAGCAACAUCUGGAGCUAUGGUUGGAGAAGCCACUAGGCAAGAUAACAAGGCCAAAGUAUAUUACGGACUUUUAAAAGAACCUGAUAUUCAGUGUAUGGCACCGGCCGAAGAAGAGGAAGAUGACACAGGUGGCGGAGAUGGAGAUAAACCGAAGAAGAAAAAGGCUAAGAAGGAUCCAUUGUUUUCAAAGAAGACAAAAUCUGACCCGAAUGCACCACCUGUGGGCAGAAUGCCAUUGCCCAAUCUGAAAGAUGCAGAUAAAAUGGAAAAAGUCAAAGCGUUGAGAGAAGCAUCAAAGAGAGUUAUCCUUGGACCUGACACAUUACCAUCUAUAUGCUUUUAUACAAUGUUAAAUACUGUUUAUACUGUAACAGCAGCAGAAGUCGCAGAAGACUCAAGUUUAUUAGCUACCGGAUUUAGUGAUUCUGGCAUAAAGGUAUGGAGUUUAAUCCCACAAAAAUUAAGAUUGAUGAAAACGGGCGAAGAUUUACAAGACAUUAAUAGAGAAGCAGAUGAUGUAUUGGUUAGAAUGAUGGAUGAACGAACAUCUGAGACUGCAAGACAUCUCUAUGGUCAUAGUGGACCAAUUUACAGUCUUUCAUUUAGUCCAGAUAGAAAUCUUUUACUUUCGUCAUCAGAGGAUACUACAAUAAGGCUAUGGUCGCUGCACACAUGGACAUGUGUGGUGUGCUACAAAGGCCAUUUAUUUCCCGUGUGGUGUGUGAGAUUCUCACCACAUGGUUAUUACUUUGCAAGUGCUUCGAAUGAUAAAACUGCCAGACUAUGGGCGACUGACUCUCAUCAGCCAUUACGAAUAUUUGCUGGUCAUUAUUCAGACGUUGAUGUAAUUCAAUUUCAUCCAAAUUCAAAUUAUGUCGCAAGCGGUUCAAGUGAUAUGACUGUAAGAUUAUGGGACUGUGUAACUGGUAGUCAAGUCCGAUUGAUGACUGGGCAUAAAGGGCCGAUUUUUUCUUUAACUUUCUCAACAGAAGGACGCUUUUUAGCAUCAGCUGGGGCGGACUACCGCGUGCUUGUAUGGGAUUUAGCACAUGGCCAUCUUGUCGCAGCUUUAUCCGGCCAUACGGCUAAUAUUCACUGUCUAUCAUUUAGUCGAGAUGGCAAUAUUCUAGUCUCAGGUUCCUUAGAUUGUACAUUGAAAUUAUGGGACUUUACCAAAUUAGCGGAGGAGAUGAGCUUGGAAGAUGUCAACGUAUCCCACAAUCCAGAUGUGAAAACUAACUCGGAAUCUUACUUGCUGCGUACUUUCGCGACAAAAAAUUCGUCUAUUCUAGCAUUACAUUUUUCUCGUAGAAAUUUACUGCUAGGUGUCGGUAUGUUUGAUUCGGCAUAAUCCGUGGUGUAUUGGGUUUACAUACCCAAGAGAACUUAAAUCUAUAUAUGUAUAGAAGAUUUGAAUCAUUGAAAUGUAUUAUAAAAAUUAAUAAUAAAUUUUUCACAUUUAUUA